UUAGGUCGGGAUCGGACUUAUUCAUAAAACUAAAAAUAGAAUCCGGAGUUUGCUAUAAAUAAGUUAGGUUUGCACAAUCGGUCAGCAAACAGGAUUGUCAUUCAGUUUCUUGUGUUGCAAGCAUGGAUGACAAUAAACUAAUAAAGGAACUUAGUGCUAUCAAUAAGAUAUUGAAUGAGCACUGAAACUUCAUCUUAUUUUUUGAAAAUACCCAUACAAAGCAUUAAGUAAAUUGUUUUUAUCGAAGUGUAUUCUAAGGAACCUAAAAACUAUCCCCUAUCCAAUAACCAUGAAGUCUCUGGAGGACAGUUGCAUUCAUUGUAUCAUGAACCAUGUCCAGGACAUACCCAAUAUCAGGGGGAAACUUCCUCGCAUCUACAAGGAACUGCUGCUCACUCGCCUCAGUGAACAUAACCUUUUGACCCCUAAUAUACUGGGGUGUGUGAACCGUGAACUGUGUGUGAACUCGCUGCAGCAUCUUCAGUUGAGCCACUGUUCUCAAGUGAAUGACCAAUUCCUGAAAUCCUUUGCCAACACUCAGAGACAACUGAAGACAAUUCUCAUUGAGAAAUGUGAUGUAUCAGAUGCCGGAGUUUUGGCAGUGACCUUUAAACAGAAGUCUUUGGAGAGCCUUGUAUUAAAGAAUCUGGUCCAGUUGACACCUAAAGGACUCGGCAAUGUGAAAUCUUCAUCGCUUCACACGCUGAACUUGAAGGGAUGUACCUUAAUGACCUCUAGGGGAAUUCUCAGCGUGCUACAAAACAACCCUGAUGUACAAGUUCUCCAUGUUGCUGGCCUGGGCAACCAUAAGUAUGAUGACCAACUGUUCUCUAUCAUCGCUCAAACCCUCGGACCCAAGCUGAAGGAGCUUCACUUUGCCCCCCACACCAUGGAUGAUGCUGGUCUGUCUGUUAUAGCCACUUCCUGUCCCAAUCUAGAAGUACUCGACCUGUACGGUUGUCCUAGAAUCAGUGGGGAUUCAAUGCUGAAGCUGACACAGAACUGUACUUCCAUGAGGAAGCUAGACCUGUCGUACUGUGUCCGUCUGAGUCAGAGUCCAGACAACCAGUCGCUCUGGACACUCCCCGUUACCCUGACAAAUCUGUCUCUGUGUGGGAUCAUGCUGGAUGACAAGGAGAUCCUUGUGGAAGCCCUGGAGCGACUGAGGAACCUCCAGACCAUCCGGCUGUGUGGAAUCUCCUGCCUGGAUGAUGAAACCUUUACAAAGAUCAUGGAGAAGAGAGGUGCAAGUCUGAGCGAGAUUGAUCUGAGUGGGAUGAGGAAGUCGGACUUUACGGACGAGGGUCUGAGGGCGAUCAGCCAGUACUGUACGUCCCUGGAGAUCCUCAACAUCAGCAUGUGUCACAUGUUCACCGGGGACACCCUGCUUCCACUGCUGGAGGACCCGGCCAGGGCCCCUCAUCUCUACAAACUCUUCCUGUCCUCAAAGAAGAUAAAUUAUGACGUUCUGUGUGCGGCCGCCACCCACUGUCAUGGUCUGGUCUUCCUUGACCUGGGAGGAGUCAGCUGUGUAGAUGACCAUUUCAUGGAACUGCUGGCCAGAAACACCCCCAAACUACAGAGGCUUGGCAUCAAAGGAUGCAGCAAGGUAACAGAUACAGGUGUGUGUACCGUCAGCGGGAGUUGUCAGAACCUCGCCUUCAUUGUGUUGUCUGGGGUGAACAACAUCACAGACAAGUCCAUCUUCUGUAUUGCCAACAACUGUCCUUACCUACAGGAAAUUUAUCUCAAUGGCUGCAAACAGAUUUCUUCCACAACUCUGCAGUAUCUCAAGGACUGCUGUGUCUCCAGCGUGUACAUCCAACAUGUGACACCUAACAUUGCCCCUGAACAGCUGAUGGCCAAAAACCUGGACACUGGUGAAUUCUGUAGAGUGGAUACUAUAGGAUACACCACCCCCUACAGCAGGGGGAGGAUCAGCCGGGACGAUCUGAUCGAAGUGUGAGGAGGGGGGGGGAUGGAAAAAGUCGGUUAGGGCAGGAGGAAAAAGUUCUCUACAUAAAUUGGUCAGAGUCAUUAACAAUGUCUUGUUUUAUAUCAGGACAUAGCUCGGUGGUACAUAUUCUGAUGUUGGCUCUUGAUGUGUAUUUUAUUGUCUCUGUCCACCCAGCUGACAUUGGUUACCUGCUUAUGCUGGGAGCUAGCAUAAGAUUGAUUGGUGUCCUAUUCAGUGAAAGUCAAUGACUCUCAUAUCCCUACGACUACAAAAACCAGGCAUAAAAAAGAAUAGUCUGUCCCAAGAUAUUUAUGCUGCACAUUUGGACAAUUUUUGAUAAAAAUACACAUACCUGUGAAAGAAGUGCAAUUGAAAUCGAUGUAAGGGAAGUUUUCCAAGAUAAAUUCAUUCACACAUUAUCAUUUUCCCUUCUAAUAAUUCACAAUAAAGAAAAAGGAUUGUCUAUGGAGAUUUAUAAUGGGGAAUUUUAACAUCUUUUUCCAUUCGGAAGUCACUAGGAAUACAUCGCGCAAUUUUUCAACAUUAUCAUCCAGGCUUACUGCAAUCACAUUUAUUAGCUGUAUAUUGAAACCUGAUAAGCUAAUAGGGGCGUUUCAACUGAAAAAUCUUGAAAAAAUUUCAUACUUUUAAAUGAACAUUGUUUGAACCAUGAGGUAUUUAUAAAUAUCAAUAAUUAAGCAAAAUGUGAAUCGAGGAUAUCUUGGGACAGAAUUUUUUUAUAAAAGUCCAAACCCAAUGAGGCCAAUGGUCUGAAAGGAUCUAGAAUAACUUGUAGUUUAACUGAGGUUAAGAGGAAAAUAGUUAAUCAAAUAAUGUCAUAAUGGAAACGUGUUUGUUUCAGAAAGAGAAAUCUGUCCAAUUCUUAUCUGUAUGUACAUGCAUAAUGAUGAGGAAUUUCAUCAAGUGAUGAGAACACAUAUUUCUGUAUGUAAUGUUAAGGGUGCCCCAAAAAGGUAUCUGAUUUAGCAGUUUAAAAUAAAAAUAUUUUCAUCAA